UAUCAUGGACACGUCGCCGCCGCCGCCGGCUGCGCGCUCCAUGCUCAGCGCCAUCGAGGACAAGAUGAGCCCGGGCGUGCUCCUCAUCAUCGCCAUCCUCGCCGUCGUCUUCUUCCUCUUCGGCCUGCUCAACCUGCUGGUGCAGAACAUCCUCCGGAUGCGCCGGGCGCGGCGGCGGCGGCGUGUGGGCGACGGCGGCGGCGUCGGCAGCCCGACGGCGUUCCAGGGCCAGCUCCAGCAGCUGUUCCACCUCCACGACGCCGGGGUCGACCAGACGUUCAUCGAUGCGCUGCCCGUCUUCGUCUACCGCGCCGUCGUCGGCGCCGGGCUCCGCAAGGACGACCCGUUCGACUGCGCGGUGUGCCUGUGCGAGUUCGCCAUGGACGACAAGCUCCGGCUGCUCCCGACGUGCGGGCACGCGUUCCACGUCCCCUGCAUCGACGCGUGGCUGCUGUCGCACUCCACGUGCCCCAUCUGCCGCGGCAGCAUCCUCGCCGCCGACGACUCGCCGGCGUCCAGCCCGGUCGUGCGCGUGCUCGAGUCGGAGAGCAUCCAGGAGACGCUCGGCAAUGGAGGAGAGUCUCCUCGUGGAAGGGACAACGAGGGGUCUCCCAAGGCAGAGGAGGAGGUCGUCGAGGUGAAGCUUGGCAAGCUCAAGUGCAUCGACGGCAAUGGCAAUGCCGGUGACCUCGCCGUCCAAGGCGCAAGCAGCAACAGUGGCGACCUCGAUGGCAGGGGGAAUCUUGGACAGAGACGGUGCCUGUCCAUGGGGUCCUACGAGUACGUCAUGGACGAGCACGCCGCGCUCCGCGUCGCCGUCAGGACGCCCAAGAGGAGGCCGGCGAGCUCGAGGUCCCGCCGCCGGUUCGCGCUGUCGGAGUGCGACUUCGGGGGCUCCAAGAAGGGCGCGUGGGAGGCGGCGGUGACAGAGGCCGCAUCGGCCGACACGGCGGCGGCGGCGGCGGCGAGGCUGAACAAGGACAGCUUCUCCGUCUCCAAGAUCUGGAUGCUGUCAGCCAAGAAGGAAGAUGGCCGGUCGGCGGCGGAACUGGCCGGCGGGAGGCGCACGGCGUCGUUCCGGUGGCCGGCGAUGGCUGACGCGAGCAGGAAGCAGGGCGGGAUCACCGAGGAGCACCGGGACGUCGAGGCCGGUGGCAAUGGUGAUCCGUCUCUUGCAGUUUCAGGUGAGCUGCGGCCGUCGUUGGCGAGGACCGCGCUGCAGUACAUCGUCGGCGGCGGCGGCGGGAGGCCGCAGAGUAGCAGAGUUGGAAGCCAUUCUUGAGCCGCUAACUGCA